UCUCGUUUUACCAGCUCAUCAGGUUGUGUGCUAGGCCUAGCUGCAUUUCAAUCAGUUACAAUACCGCAUAAAACAAAUAUGAGAAUUGUCAUUUCAUUUAGCUCUAUAAACGUAUGUUAGAAUUUAAUAUUUUAGUCUGGAAACGACAGUCAAAGUUCUAUUUAGUAUUGGGGGCAAGCAAUUGCGUCACCGUAAUUUGGAGAGAUGUUAGUGCAAUUAUAUGCGCCAUCGAUUUAUCCACCAGAUGUCGUCCUUGAGCCGCGGCAAAUCGAAGAAACAGCUGUUUACUCUGGUGCUUUACGCACCUCUGUCUGUCUGUUUAAACUACCCACUGAUCUCUAAGGGUAUCCAGGAACAACACACGAGUCGUCAGAUGAAAGAAGCGAAGGGGGGAGUGAAGGAGAAGGGAAGUCAACAGUGGACACCUGCCAUUCUCCGUCCGCAUCCUCGUAUGUCUUCAAAGAGAUGAGCGAAAGAACAACUUAAUUAUUUCUGUAAACAGCAUAGAUUAAACGGAAUGUAGGCUACUCGUUUUACGCUGUUAUAUCAGACUUGUUUUGUAAGAGCGCACUUUUGGCGAUAGGUGUCUAUUUAACCCUAAAUACAUUAGCACUAUUUUGCGGAAAGGUAGAGGUUUGUAGGCUAGUUGUCGUCAAUCGAGUUCGACAUUGGACAAGCCAUACAGGUGGGUGGAGAGGGGUCGUGCAGGUAUUGAGCAGGAUGUCUGACCGAUGUCCAGUUUAGCCACUAUUUUCUAACAAUCGAAGAUACUCCAACCACCAGUGGCCAUGAAUGAAACAGGCGAAUCAAAGGACCACCAACUGACAGUGGCUCUGAGGAUCAGACCCCUCAGUGAUUCUGAGCAGGAAGAGGCAGCCACUAUAGUGGCCCACCGAUUGGACGACCAGAUGGUUGUUCUGAUGAACCCCAUGGAGGAUCCAGAUAAUAUCCUGCGUGCUAACCGUUCCCGGGAGAAGACCUAUAUGUUCGACGUUGCAUUUGACUGCUCAGCCAACCAGGAAGAAGUGUACAGAGCCACGACCAAGGGCCUGAUCGAAGGCCUCAUAUCCGGCUACAACGCCACUGUUUUUGCCUACGGACCCACAGGUUGUGGGAAGACCUUCACUAUGUUAGGGACGGACAGAGAACCGGGGAUCUACGUACACACUCUAAAUGACCUGUUCAAAGCCAUCGAGGAGACCAGCGGUGACAUGCAGUACAACAUCUUCAUGUCAUACCUGGAGAUCUACAACGAGAUGAUCCGGGACCUUCUCAACCCAUCCUCUGGGUUCCUGGACCUGAGAGAGGAUUCUAAAGGAGUGAUCCAGGUGGUUGGCAUCACAGAGGUCUGCACUAUCAACGCCCGAGAGAUCAUGGAGCUGCUGAUGAAGGGAAAUAAGCAUCGUACCCAGGAGCCCACGGCAGCCAACCAGACUUCGUCCCGGUCCCAUGCCGUGCUGCAGGUGUCGGUCAGGCAGACGAGUCGCUGUCGAGACCUUCUACAGGAAAUCCGCUUCGCGCGACUCUUCAUGAUCGACCUUGCCGGCUCAGAACGAGCCUCACAGACACAGAACAGAGGUCAGAGGUUAAAAGAAGGGGCCCACAUCAACCGCUCCCUCCUGGCUUUGGGUAACUGCAUCAACGCCUUGAGUGAGAAACAUGGUAACAAAUAUGUCAACUACAGGGACAGCAAGCUGACGCGCUUGCUGAAGGACUCGUUGGGAGGCAACAGUCGCACAGUGAUGAUAGCCCACAUUAGCCCCGCCUCCCUGGCCUUCGAGGAGUCUCGCAACACGCUGAGCUAUGCUGACCGUGCCAAAAGUAUCCGCACACGGGUGAAGAGGAACCUGCUGAACGUGUCCUACCACAUCGCUCAGUACACCAACAUCAUCUCUGACCUGCGCAGCGAGAUCCAGCGGCUCAAGAAGAAGAUCGCCGAUCAGGCUGGACGUCAGCUCAACUCUGACCGAGCUGACAUCCGCCAUGUCCAGGCAGAGGUGCAGGCCCACAGCAUGCAGGCGAGCCGAGCAGAGAUGGACCAGCUGAGGGAGCAGCUCCUAGAGGCCUUCAGGAGUCAGAUGGAGAUCAGGAGGAGCCUGAUGGAGCUGGACAACAGCAACAUGGAGAUCCAGAUGGACAUCUCCAAACACCUGCUCACCAUCGCAGAUUGGGAGCAGGAGCGGAGUCGUCGUCGCAGGAAGUGGCGAGCGGAGAGGAGGAAGGAGAGCUUCAGUAAGGAGGAGAGUGAGAAGGAUUCUGACUGUCCUGAGUCUCCCCCAGACAGCACUGAGACCCGGGAAGUAACCAUGGCCAGAGAGAACGUGGUCACUCUCAUUGCUGAACAAAACAAGAUACGCGAACAGAAAGCGUUGCUGGAGCGCUGCUUCGUGGAGCUGCGGGAGCGGGCCAGGCGCCUGGAGGAGCUGCUCCCGUGCAGGGUGAGCUCUGAAGAGCAGAGGGAGGUGCUGGGCCUCCUCUGUAAGGUCCACGAGCUGGAGAUUGAGAAUGCCGAGAUGCAGUCCCACGCCCUGCUCAAAGACAACGUGAUCCGGCAGAAGAACUGUGUGGUGCAGCGCUUCGAGCAGCACCGCCACCUCUGUGACGAGCUCAUCCAGCAGCAGAGACGGUUUAUUGACGACCACAGACUCAUGGUGCCCCCCCAACUUCAGGAGCUGUAUUGGAUGUACUUGAGAGAGCUGGAUGAGAGGAACCUGGACAGAUCCCUGGACAAGGUCAGCGGGUGCACACUCAAGGAGGGCUCCCUGCCCAAGAUCACUCUGCCCAGCCGAAGCCGUGACCCGGGGCAGGACGUGGACUCAGACCAGGAGAGCGUUCGCACCAUGGGCUCAGAGACCAGGCAUGGCCGGGCCAAGACCCGCAGACACACCCUGCCACCCAUCCUACCUGAACCUGAAGGAGACAACAACCAUGUGUGUAAGAGCAGUCCCCAUGCCAGACAGAUGAAACAUUCUCCUGUGUUGACCCCUCCUCCCAUCCACUUCAACGGCCAGGGGAACAGAGAGCUGCAGCCAUUGGCCCUAGAGACAACUCUGAACUACAGCCACCUCAGCCACAGUGUCAGCAGUCACCUGGACUCCUCCCCUGAGAGCAGCGAGACGGGCCAGGACGUCCCCCUCACACGAAAGGAGAGGCAGCAGAUCCUCAAAGGGGUUCACAACAUUGCAGUGAAGGCUGCUCGCCGCCGCUCCAAAGCCCUGGAAGUGGACGCCCUGCGGCUGCCUCCUCCUCCCUCCCCCCUGGACCCCAAGAAGCACAAGAGCAGCCUGUCUCUGAGUGAGGCGCCCCCUAGGGGCCUGGCCCUGCUCCGCGGCCGGCAGCCCAACCCAGAGCCCCGCCACAACACCUCAGAUGAAAACUUAUCCAGCAGCACGGGGGAGGAGCCUGUCUCCCAGGGCACCUGGACACGCCCACGUAAUUGCCAGCCGGCCUCCAAGAACCCAAACCUCUCCCUCCGCGAGCAGGACUUCGAGGCUCGCUGCCGGAAGAGACGCUCCCGCUCGUUCGAAGUCACAGGUCAAACACUGUAUCAGUCUAAGACAACGGCAGCCCGGCGUAUACGCCCGUUGGACAGCACGUCAGACCCCCACCUCCACAUCAACGGGCAGCCCCAGGCCCCCCUCUUACGCCCCCAGCACAGGGGGGUCCCUUCUCUCACCAAAGUCCGGUUGCCACACAACAACCACCAAACAGGCCCCAUCACAGAGUCCUCCCCAGUCCACCUGAGCAACCUGAAGCGUGUGUCUCAGCUGCGCCAGCCCAUGCUCUACACCACGGGCACCGGAGGUCAGCACACCCGCAGGCACUGAGGGCCUAAAGGCCUACUUCUCCAGGGUCAUGUUCAUUAGGGCAUAGAAUGGACAUUUUUGCAAUGGACAAGAAAAAUGAGUCCAGGUAGUCCCUUCCUGUUUUCUUCAGUUUGGUGCCUGAUGAUCAUGACCCAGGGUUUUCUUACACAGGACUUCCCAACACCAGCACUACCCUGACCAGCUGACCCUGAGAAUGUUGACUGGACUAGAUGGACUGGACUGGAGAAAGCUGGACCUCCAAUCUCCACCUUCAUGCUCCUGAUUGACUCACAGCCCAGUCUAACCCUGGAGCCUUGAGCCCCCUUAUGUCCUCUGGCCCGUAACCUCUGACCUGUGACUUCCACACUGGCUGUACAUUGAACCCAGAGACCUAGCUUUUCCUCAUGCUGAUCACUAAUAGGGUGGAUGAUGCCCCAAGACCUCACCAUCACAGACCCCAAAGAUCUUCUGUCUGUGACUUUUACUCUUCUGUCUGUGACUUUGUCUUAAAUGGCGCCCAAGUUCUAUAUAGUGCACUACUUUUGACCUGGCCCUGGACAAACGUAGUGCACUAUAUAGGGAAUAGGGUGCCAUUUCAGACACAGACUGUGACUGUUUUCUCUGCUCCUCGUUUCCCUGCUCAAGUGGUACUGUGAGUGACCGUUCAGUGGCCACCACUAACCACUACUAUGGUCCUGUACACAUUCCGGUUCUACAGAUGAUUUGGCACGGUUGUGAUACUAAAGACUUUUUCUGCAUACAAAUAAUUACAAAAGCCUUGUGGACACACUGCAUAAUAGUUGUUUCUUCUCUCUUCUUUAUGAACACGUUUUAUAAAUGAAUAUAUUCUUUCUACAGCUUAUCAGCGUACACCCAAUAUGUUCCCCCUGUUGAUGAUGCUUAUUAUUCAUUAUGGUUGAACCAAAAGAUUACAUGUAACAAAAAUGUAAUUCAAUUGGAAACAAUUAAAUAUAUAUGUAAAAUUAAAUUAAACAAUAAUGAAUGUUGAUGCUAAUAUUAUGUACAAUGUAUGAUAACAAUAGCCUAAUAUAUUCUAUAUGCUGUAAACUAUUGUCUUUUAACAGUUUCACUCAAUUCAUUCUAAUUGACUUAAUAAUUAUGACACACCCCUCACUAUUGUCAUUGGUUGCACUAAUUCCACUGUUUGUCUACAUAACCUGGUUCAAGCAUUCAUGACAUUACCCUGAAGAAGGCACAGUGAUGCCGAAACGUUAAAUAAAUAAAUUACUGGGAGUUUAAAUAUACAGUGCAUUCGGAAAGUUUUCAGACCCCUUGACUUUUUCCACAUUUUGUUAGGUUACAGUCUUAUUCUAAAAUUGAUUAAAUAGUUUUUUCCCCUCAUCAAUCUACACACAAUACCCCAUAAUCACAAAGGAAAAACAGGUUAAUUGGGUAUGACGCUAAAACCAUGGCACAUCUGUAUUUGGGGACUUUCUCCCAUUCUUCUCUGCAGAUCCUCUUAAGCUCUGUCAGGUUGGAUGGGGAGCUGCGCUGCACAGCUAUAUUCAGGUCUCUCGAAUUACUGGGAGUAAUCUCUCGAGAUGUUCGAUUGGGUUCAAGUCCGGGCUCUGGCUGGGCCACUCAAGGACAUUCAGAGACUUGUCCCGAAGCCACUCCUGCAUUGUCUUGGCUGUGUGCUUAUGGUCGUUGUCCUCUUUGCCCCCGUCUGAGGUCUUGAGCGCUCUGGAGCAGGUUUUGAUCAUGGAUCUCUCUGUACAUUGCUCUGUUCAUCUUUGCCUCGAUCCUGACUUGUCUCCCAGUCCCUGCCACUGAGAAACAUCUCCACAGCAUGAUGCUGCCACCACUAUGCUUCACCGUAGGGAUGGUGCCAGGUUUCCUCCAGAUGUGAUGCUUGGCAUUCAGGCCAAAGAGUUUCAUCUUGGUUUCAUCAGACCAGAGAAUCUUGUUUCUCAUGGUCUGAGAGUCUAUUGGUGCCUUUUGGCAAACUCCAAGCAGGCUGUCAUGUGCCUUUUACUGAGGAAUGGCUUCCGUCUGGCCACUCUCUCAGAAAGGCCUGAUUGGUAAAGUGCUGCAGAGAUGGUUGUCCUUCUGGAAGGUUCUCCCAUCUCCACAGAGGAACUCUAGAGCUCUGUCAGAGUGACCAUCAGGUUCUUGGUCACCUCCCUGACAAAGGCCUUUCUCCCCCAAUUAAUCAGUUUGGCCGUGCGGCCAGCUCUAGGAAGAAUCUUGGUUGUUCCAAACUUCUUCCAUUUAAGAAUGAUGGAGGCCACUGUGUUCUUGGGGACCUUCAAUGCUGCAGAAAUGUUUUGGUACCCUUCCCCAGAUCUGUGCCUCGACACAAUCCUGUCUCAAAACUCCAUGAACAAUUCCUUCGACCUCAUGGCCUGGUUUUUGCUCUGACAUGCACUGGCAACUGUGGGACCUUAUAUAGACAGGUGUGUGCCUUUCUAAAUCAUAUCCAAUCAAUUGAAUUUACCACAGGUGGACUCCAAUCAAGUUGUAGGAACAUCUCAAGGAUGAGCAAUAGAAACAGGAUGCACCUGAGCUCAAUAUCGAGUCUCAUAGCAAAGGGUCUGAAUACUUAUGUAAAUAAGUUAUUUCUGUUUUAUAUUUUAUAAAUUUUCAAAUAUUUCUGAAUACCUUUAUAUAACAUUUUAGAACAAGGCUGUAAUGUUAAAAAAUUUAAAGUCAAGGGGUCUGAAUACUUUUCAAAUGCACUGUAUCUAUGCAUAGUCAUUUUACCCCUACCUACAUGUACAAAUGACCUCGACUAACCUGCACCCCCUCACAUUUUUUUAUUUUUAUUUAUUUAACCUUUAUUUAACCAGGUAGGCAAAUUGAGAACACGUUCUCAUUUACAAUUGCGACCUGGCCAAGAUAAAGCAAAGCAGUUCGACACAUACAACAACACAUAGUUACACAUGGAGUAAAAACAAACAUAUAAUACAUGACUCCGUACCGGUAGCCCCUGUAUAUAGCCUCGUUAUUGUUAUGUAAUUUUGUGUUACUUUUUAUUUUAUUUUUUACUUUAGUUUAUUUAGUAUAUGGGGGGGCCCAGGACCGAGUUUGGGAAACCCUGCCAUAAACAAUCCAUCUGUACAUUCACAACAUGAGCACACCAGUUAACUGCAUGGCUACAAAGUGAACUCGGUAGACAGGACACACUCCACAAAGUGUUUUUUAGAAGUUUUAUUUUGAAAGAUAAACAAGUUAUUCAACAGUACUGGUGUGAUCCAUAACAGGUGUCUAGACAUGAACAUGGGCCUAUGUCCUAGAGUCAUUUGGCUGUCAUAGGUAUAGAUUACAUGUCAGCAUAUUGUUUUCAAAAGAGUGGAAGUGCUGAAUGUACCUGCUAGGAUUGGAUUAGUUUACCUCACAUUGGCAGGCAGGCAGCAGGCUGUGUUCUAACACAUGCAGCAGUCGUGUGUGUACUUGUGCAUGCACUAGCUAAUUGUAAGGGGUUUUAUAGUACCGUUGUCUUGGGUCAAUGGGAAUGUAUUUCCACUAGUGGAGGCGGCUGAGGGGAGGACGUUUCAUAAUAAUGGCUGGAACAGGGUUAAUGGAAUGGCAUCAAACACAUAGAAACUAUGUGUUUGAUAUCCCUCCACUACUUCUGCUGCAGCCAUUACCACGAGCCCGUCCUCCCCAAUUCAACCUCCUGUAGUUUCCACAUAAUGACGCCAACACAAACAUGCGUGACUUUGUAGGCUAUUAGCUUUUGUUUGUUGACAUUUAUCAAAGAAAGAAAAACAAUUAGCUUAGCUGUCCAAUGAAAAUAUUUAGGCUUCAGAAAUAAAUAAUUUUAUUGAACAUUAAAUCAGAAUGAGCAAAAUACCUAGAAACAUUGUAAUAACAAAGUCAUGAUCAAAUCUUUCCUGCACGUUUCUCUGCUGAACUUCAUUAUACAACUACACACUACUUUUCGAUCUCUGUUCUUUCUCGUCCCUCCUGCUCCGUGCAUUGUGAAACACGUGCAGUCCAAAUUACAUAAUCCAAACAUCAAGAGCUGCGGUCUGAGCGGCCAAACCACAUAAAUAGUGCCACAACAAUUUCAGGGAUUGGUCCAUAUGCGACCAAUCACAAAAAUCACAAACGCUCUUCAGAUUAGUGGGCGUGGCCUCCAGGGUUUGGAGCUCUGUCAUGAGUGAGAAAGCUUGUCCGUCUGUUCCUGAGCCAUAGAAAAGUCCUAUUGACACUGAAUCCUAUUUCCAUAAUUUGCAAUGUAUGUUUUUGACAUUCUUAGAAUGGUUUGAAAUAGAAUUGACAUUUUACAUUGUGAGAAUUAUAUUUUUGCUCAGUUGUUGUUCCUUAUGCAAUAUAUGAAAAAUGAGACCUAUUAGAGUUUUUAGGAGGUUUUCCUGUGCCUGAGACAGACACACACACACACACAUACACACACAACCAUCUCUUAGCAUGGCUUGACCUCAAUGGCCUGACUUGCUGAUGCAUCUUGAACUUAAAUCUAGAAAUGAAAACAAAUACUAUUAAAAUAGGAAAAUGGGCAAACAUGAGUAAUGGAAAUGUAUGAAUAAAUGAAUGACUGAAUGUU